GUUGGAGAAUGAAAUAGAAGCACAUCCCAGUCUUUUAAAAUCCGCCAAAUUGUUUUCAUUUUCUCCAAGUGGUUACACAAUUGUGCACACCCUUUUAUAGGUGCUUUUUUAACACGAACGCAGGCAGGAACAUGAGUCAAUAAAGGAAGAAUUGGGGAAUUUUGCUUAGCAUUUUUCCAGCUGAUAGCAGUGUUAGUUUUUGCCAGGUGGGCGCUUUCAUGCAUGAAAAAGGCAAAGCCGUCUACUCAGCCUGGACUCGCGUUCCCUCAUUCUUUGGAUUUGGGCUGCGAGGCCCGGAAGACGCUUUGGCUCGGCAGUGGCGACAUGUCACCGCCCAACGCAGACGCGCGUCUCAUCUCCGCGCUCGGGACGGUUCAGAUCCUGGUGGGUGCGCUCAACAUCGGCCUCGGGCCCGGGCGGACCAGCAGCGGACCCGCAGAUUUGAGCGCUUUGGGCGCUGCCUACUGGCUGGGAGCUGUGGUGUGUCACCAUGACGAUUUCGUGGUGACGGGAAUCAUGUCCCUAUUGUCUGGACGCUUGCCACCUCCUGGCCUGAAGUGCUUUGCGGCUUUGCUGAACCUGGCCUGCGCUAUUUUUGCUCUGGCCGCCUUGGUUCUGUACGCCGCCGAUGCGGAAAACGCUUCCGUCCUGUGGAUGUGCCAACCGAGAUUAGCGGGACGACAACGGCGGCUGCACGCCGAUUGCGCAACGGUGGCUCUCCUGGCUCAGAGACUGCUGACAGCUGCAGACGCCACUUUGACAGCGCUUGCCGUCGUUCAGCUCUUCGUCAACCUCAAGUGUGCCGCCGAGGUCGUCAAGGCUCCGGUCGUCGGGCGAGAGAUGACAUCUGGCCGACAGCGAAGAAACAGCAGGAUGUCUGUGACAGCGAUGGGAGACAAAAAUGUCGCCGUGGUGACGGUAGCUUCCAAUCAAACAAGCGCAUUGGGCUCCAUCCAAAGUUGCGGCUGCUGCAGGCCUUGCAGGGUGUUGAAGGGCGAGGCCAAAGCUGUCCUCGGGACCAUUCAGAUUCUGGUGGGCGUGAUCAACAUGGGCUUGGGGGUAGGCAGGACACGGAUACGCCCCGGUGACUUGGCCAGUCUGGGAGCAGCUUACUGGAUCGGAGCGGUGUUUGUCACUGCAGGAGUCUUGUCGCUUUUGUCAGGCCAGUGCCCAUCCUGCUGCUUUGCUAGUUUGACAGUGACCGUGAACGUGUUGUGCGCCGUGCUGUCCGUGGUGGCCGUGGUUUUGUACGCGUUGGACCUGGCGCCUCUGUCUGUGGGUUUGUUUUGUGGCAGCGGGUCCUGGCACGACGGCGGAUGUGAAGAGGUGGCCUUGUACGCCAUAAGGUUGACUCGAGGACUGGACAUCACGCUGCUGAUCUUGGCUGUUCUGGUGCUCUGCGUCAGCAUCAGCAUGAGCGUGCUCGCCGUUGCUGCCGAGCCGCCGACGCCACAGAAACGGGCCCUCAAACAAUACACCAGAAAGUACAUAGAGUUGACAACUCAACCGCCAAAUUGCUUUGGCUCGUUAUGUUAUGUCGAAGAAAAAAAUCUGUCAAACUAAAUGUAUGUUCAAACUAAGAGUGCAAAUAAUAUUUUGUUGGAUUCUCAAGAUGAAAAGUAAUCACAUUUUCAAUUUUUGAGAAUGAAAUGUAUUUUAGGGACAUGAAUCACUUGCUUUGUCGAUUGGAUUGAAAACACACUUUGUCAUUUGGACUGUCUUCGUUUUGCAGCCGGAAGAAAACCUUGAAGAAUUUGAAAUAAGUCCAAUUGGACUUUUAAGAUUCUUGUUCUAAAAAUAAGCGGUUGUAUUUUUAAAAAUAAAAGUCCUAAUAUUUGUACAGGACGUUUGGGCAGAUAUAGAGGAAAAAUAUUUUGUCAGCACCAUAACUUCAUGAAAAGCAGCAUUCUGUUUCAAUACUGACAUCAUGGUAGUAAUUGAACACAACUGCCUAAUAAAUGUCUUU